AUGGCCGACUUCGUAGUCAAGCUCUGGGAGUCAAUCUUCACCCCCGGCCCGACGCCCACGCUCCUGGUCGCUACCAACGCCACCUUCGCCGCCCUCCAGGUCCUCCUCCUCUUGCUCUUCGUGGGCACGUAUAGCAUACACUUCGUCAUCCUGUCUUUCAUCUCCGGCGGCCUAUGGUACAGCAUAAACUGGUUCGCCCGCGAGAUCGCCCUCAACAACGAGCAGCAGGAUCUCAAGAAGGCGCUUGGGGCCGACACCACGGCUCCCGCCGCCACGGACGAUAGCGACACCGAGGUCGAGGGCGCGGCGCCCGGUCGUAAGAGGAAGGUCGCCAGGUCUCGCGUCGCCGGCAGCAGCAGCCAGGUCGAGACGGAGGAGCAGAGGCAGGAGGCGGAGCUGAACCGCAGGGUCGCUGCCGCUACGGAGUCGAACGCCGAGAGUACCAAUGCCGACGGCACGCAGUCGAGCGUGAGCACCGAGGACGAGUGGGAGAAGGUGUCAGAGGCCGAGAACGAGAAGGACAAAUGA